AUCUUUUAUUUUAUAUUUUUGGGGACAAGAUCCUCAAACAUCUUUUGUUCAAAAUUAGGGUUUAGAAGAAAAGGUCGUUGAUUUUGAAUAGGAAAACAAAUUCGAGCGUGGGAAUCACCGCAUACUCUUUGCAUUCAAUCGAUUCGUAUAUCUGUUGCAGCCAUGACUGAGUUUUGGGUUAGUCAAGGAAAUAAAUGGUGUGAUUUCUGCAAAAUCUUCAUAUCGAAUAAUCCUACGAGCAUUAGGAACCAUGAACUCGGUACGCGUCACAAGGAAGCUGUGGGCAAUAGGCUCAACACAAUGCGAGAAGAUAAAGCUAAAAAAGAGAAACAGUUAAAACAAGCAGCCCACGCGCUGGAGCAAAUUGAAGCAAAAGCGCAACGCAGCUAUCAGAAGGAUAUGGCUCGAGUUAAAGAGGCCAGGAGUACCAAUAUACAGGCACUGGCUACUCAUGAUAAUGGUCAAGCGACUACCAAGGGAUCUGCUGUAUCAGAAGAGUGGGAGUAUGACAGCUCAUCCGGCUACUAUUACAGUCAAAGUAAUGGAUGCCAUUAUGAUCCUAACUCCGGCUUCUAUUAUACAGACGUUUUAGGUAGGUGGGUAACACAGGAAGAGGCACUUGCUGCAACUCAAGUUUCUUCAACAUCCGUUUCAAAGAUACCUUUAGCGAAAGCACCUGUAUCAACAAUGGGUGCUGGAUCCUCAGAAAAUAAAAGCGCAGAAGCUACUCAAAGUGGUCCUCCACCAGGGCGUGUUAUUUCAACCCCUCAAAAUCCCACGAGAUCUGUUAAAGGUAAACCUUCUUCACUGAUGGUUAACAAAAGAAAAAGGGAGAAUGAGAAGCCAAAAGCUGUCACUGAGGAGGAAUCAGCAGCACGCAAGGCCAGGGAGGCUGCAAGGAAGAGAGUUGAAGAGAGAGAGAAAUCACUGCUUGGUCUUUAUAAGCAUUGAUUUGUGUAUGCUUUAUCAAAUACUUUCUUGCUCAAAGGAGGAAUAUUUGAUGAGGUGAGUCCACGUAAAUGUGCUGAGGAUUGUUCAGUGGCAUUUACAACAUUCAAUCGUCCAAAAUUCAUCUUCAUCAUACACAAUGUUAGGGCUGAGAAGGUGAUUUUCCAACUGCUUCUCCAAUUACUUGACUGAUAGUUUAUUAUAUCAAAUCCCUUACACAAGGAGUCUGGGUGAGGUAUGCAGCCCAAUCUAUUCAAUCAUUUCCAGCCAGUGAGUUGCCAUUAGCAUCGGGAAGUUAUAUGAUUGUAGUAUCAUGUGCGGUUUCUGCCAAGUAAAACAUUUGAACUUGCCCGCUGCUUUAUACCAGUAAAUGUGUGGCUUUAUGGCCCAAAGUUGUAAGAGCGUACUGCAAAUGAAGAUAUUUGGUUCGAGAACGAAACCGAUUUCUUAUUAUUUCCAUUCUGUUAUAAUAUGCCUUGUUGACUUUCAAGAUCAAGUUAUCCCUUUGCCUUUGUUUACUCCCCCUCCUACCUAGUUCAGAGAAAUGGAACGAAAAAGAGAAUCUUUUUGUUUUGUUUUCUUUUCUUUUCUUUUCCAAGUUGUAUUGGCAUUGUGUUUUCGUUCUCUUUGAAGAAUGCUUUGUUUCCUUCAA